AUGGCCGGAGUGGAGAGAGCAAGGGGCCUUGUCUGUGCCAUUUACGGAAUUCUGAUGAGACGAUCCCCCCGCCCCCGCAUCCCCACCCCACCACCCCGCCACCCCGGCCUGGGAAAUUCGUUACUUGCUCUGACCGAAAUUCUUCGCGGAAAAAAACAGCUCUCAGUCGCCAGCGCGCUGAGGGAUCCCCUCCCCAGCUGCGGGCCUCGGACAGCGCUUCCGAGCGGCCAGGCCGGGGGUCGGCGGCCUCUACCCCCGCAGCCACUUCCCGGGCCGGGGCCGCGCCCCUCGCCGCGCCCAGCACCGCCCCGCGCGCUCGCCGCGCACCCGGAGCCCCGCUGCUCACCGUGCACCGCCGCUGCCGCUGCCCGCCUGCCGGGUCCGGGCGGCUCGCUCUCGCUUUCCUUUUCCCCGCCGGCUCCGCCUUCUAUGACCGCGCGCGGCCCCUCCCGCACCGACUCGGGAUCGCGGGCAACUCGAGUCUCCUUCCGAGUCCGCGCCGCGCGCGCUGCCGCCCACGUGCUGCCGGCUGCCCGCGGGGCGCGCGGGGACUCUCCUGCGGCACCCCCAGCUCCAAGCCCUCCGGCUUCCAGGUGUGUUUGUGGCCGGAAGGGUCCGCCGGGAGGAAGGGAGGACAGAGAGGUGUCCAAGCGCCCGUGGCGUGCGAGGGUACUUGCCAGCGCUGUUCUAAACACCGGCCGCAGGUCCAGCCAUUAGGAGAGCUACCUGCUCCCUGUGGGACCUCGUGGAGUUUUGCUCCCGAAGCCCCUACGGGUAGUCCUCGGUUUAUAAGAAACUGACACAGCGAUUGAGGAGUCCUGAGGACUUACGAUAGGGCAAAAAACCCCUUUGUCAGUCCCGAUCCAGUGACUUAAUUCUCAGUAAAUGAGUUCUUCUGUGUGCUUGUUGGGAGUCCUGGCGG